GAGUCAAGCGAGUUCCCGACGAAACCCAUCACUUUCCUCAUUUCAUUUUCCUUCCCUCUCUAAAACUGGAAAAUGUUCAGAAUUCUCUCUCUCUAGAACUAAAUCAAUUCUUCCUCCGAAUCAUUCAGAUCCCCAAUUCCCUGAAAAUCGAGUUUUCGAAACCCUAAAAUCGAUUAGAUAUCAGAUUCAGAUCCCAAGCUUGAUCUGAAUUUGAAAACUCAAUGUCGUGCUUAGCCCUCUCUCUCCAACCCGCCAAUGGCUCCGACAUCCUCCUCCAGACCCGAGAGUGGUUCCCUCCGGCCCGAGCCCUCGUCGCACUCUCCGCCUUUCGCCAGACUCGAUUCGCUUUCGCCACCGGCAAGCACAGCAACAACCAAUCUCAUUUCUCCGAUUCUGAUGCCUCCGUCGACUCCAUAGGUGACGAUCCACUCGCAGCUUCCAGUGGCCAGCUCAUCGUUGGAGUCGAGAGCCGGUACCGAGUCGUGUACCGACUCGUCAACAGCAUCUAUGUUCUCGGGAUCACUACAGCCGAUCACGACAACUCCAUCAACGUCUUCGAGUGCAUCCACGUGGUGAACCAGGCUGUGAGCGUAAUUGUCACUGCCUGCCGCGGCGUCGACGUCACGCCCGAGAAGCUGGGCCGGAAGUACGCUGAGAUCUACAUGGCCUUGGACAUUGUCCUCAGGGGAGUUAGCAAUAUCCGACUCGCCGCUAUGCUUGCUUCGUUGCACGGCGAUAGCAUUGCCAAGAUGGUCCACUCGGCGCUCGACACCGAGAACAAGAUCCGCGGUGCUGAUAGUUGGAGCAGUGUGGAGGUGAAUUCCGUCGAACACUUGGCGAACGUUGAAGUUUUUUCCCAUGCUUCAUUUGAAAUGCCGCCCGAGGCGAUUGCUGCCGGGGACGAGGUCGCAGCCACUAUCGCUCCGGCGUUGCCGACUGAGCAGCUGCAAGAUCAGAAGGAGGAACCGGAGGAGACUGAAGCUGAAAAGGAUCCCUUUGCUGCGAGUGAUAAGAUUAACCAGCCGCAGGACCUUGUGGGUGGGUUCAAGAAGAACAGAGACCCCUCUGCUACGGAUUUGACUAAAGCUUUAGCUGGGCUCGAGGUCACAACGUUGCCUCCUGCGGAGGCGACCCAGUCGACCCAUAUUGCUGUUGAAGGGUUUGAAGGUGAGUAUGGUGGAAUUGAGUUUGGGAAUGAACAAGCUUCUCUUGGAGAAACUUUUGAAGGGCUCAGUGCCGCGUGGGGUGGAGGAUUGGAUCCAUCGGAGUUCAUCGGGCCGACAAAAGGUCCAAAGACACAAGGUCUUGGAGGGCUCGAAUUGCUUCAGACUGGGCCGGAUAAUGCUCCUAAAGUGGAUGCCGCCACUGCAGCCACCGGGGCUACAGGUACGCCGCUUGAUGAACUUGUUAAGUCUACUGAAAUGAAAGGCCCAGAGAUGUAUAUAUCUGAACAGAUUAAUGUUGAGUUUAGAGAAUCAUUACUUGCCAGAGUUGGAUUAAUGGGUACUGUCUAUUUGAAAACUUUGCCUACCAAAACCUCUGGUGAUAAAGAAACUGAAUUCUCAUUCCGAGUUGAGGGCACAAGCCCAGUUAAGAGAUUUGUUAUGCAGAGCUCCCGUGUUAGUAGUUUAGGCAAUGGAAUGUUCCACGUUAGGACUGCAGCUUCAGAUGAACCUUUGCCGGUUUUGAAGUAUAGUUUGCUUCCAAGAUCAGCACCAUUGCCUUUAAGGGUUCGUCUUAUAAAACGUUAUAGUGGAACCUUACUCUCUCUGAUGAUUCAGUAUGUAUCGAAUCCUGACUUGCCGAUGCCAUUGAAUGAUGUGACUUUUGUUUUGAAACUACCAAUAGACCCUUCAUUAUUAAAGGUUUCUCCUAAAGCAAUGCUGAAUAGGUCUGAGAAAGAAUUGAAAUGGCAUGUUCCGGAGAUUCCACAAAAGGGCUCUCCUGGUAGGUUGAGGGCAAGGAUGCCUGUGGAUUUAAAUGAUGGUGACGAAGAGAUGGAAAUCGUUGUUUAUGUGAAAUUCGCUGUACAAGGAACGCAAUCACUGUCCGGGCUUUGUCUACGACCUGCCACCGAGGGGAAGACUGACUUCUAUGAGGUUAGUCACAGGUUUGAAAGUGGUGUGUAUAUGUGCAAUUGAUCCAUUAUGAAAUAUGAUUGUUUCUUUCAUUGUAGAUUUUUCAUGUUUGUUUUUCUUUUCAUUAAGGGAAUUUUGCGAUAUGAUUUGUUGCAUUCUCUUUGAUUUUUGUUUGUACGAAUUCUUCUUCUACAUAUUCUUUUUCCUUUA